CAUGAUCAGGAAGUAAAGUCCUUGGACUGCUGUUGGAAGCGAGGAGGGUGUCAGCAGGGGUGUGUGCAGCUCGAGCGAACAUUAAACACGGCCAAACCAAGCACGCCUAAAUCCCAAACUACAACACACCCAUCGCCUGCACGGAGACGGGGAGACAGGAAUUAACUUCGAGCCUCGAGUCGUUGCAGCUACUGUCAGCGUCGGUGAUAUAUCUCAGAUCUCGGUUCAGAAGGUCCAGUUCCUACAAAACCUUCACAAGCUGAACCUUCUGCAGGUGAGAAAGGCAGAGGGAACCGAUAGAGGUAGAAGUGUAUCAACCAGGGCUGGGCUCGGCCCCCGGGACAUAGGACACGCCGGGCUUCCAUGGUCCUGGUAGCUAAGAAGGAACCGCCAACAACUUAGCGUCCAUUAUUGAGUUGAACCUGCUUUGUAAUUGAGUUCCAACCGGUCAAACCUGUCCACAAAGCAAAGGCAACCGCUUUAUCCAACUCGACCAUCACUGGUAUCGCGAGUGAGUACCUUCUGGACGUGCAUUUAGACCAAUAAUACCGUUCCAAGCUUAGAUAUGAAUCUCAAGUCCUUGGCUUCCCCACUGGGGAUCGUGCGCAUCCUUCAAGUUGUCUUCUCCUGUAUUUCCUUCAGCUUGGUAGCCAGCGUCCAUGCCUAUGGCAACUCCUAUGGUGCCUGGAGCAUGUUUACUUGGUGCUUCUGCUUUGCCAUAACCAUCUUAAUCAUCGUUUUGGAGUUGACCGAGUUUUACAACCGUAUCCCUAUCUCAUGGGAAGACUUUACGUCGGCAUUCGCCAUGUUGGCCACCUUGAUGCUCUUCACCACCUCCAUCAUGUAUCCCGCUGUCUAUUUGCAUGAAGGUUGCUCUGGAUUCCACUGUGGCAACCUUGGUGGAGCAACCACAACGUCGAUCUUAUGUUUCUUUGCUUACGCUGUAGAGGUGGGUCUCACUCGAGCCAAACCCGGGGAGAUCAGUGGUUUCCUCUCCACCAUACCUGGCUUACUUAAGGUUUUCCAAGCCUACGUGGCCUGUAUCAUCUUCUCCCUUCUGCCUGGGGUCUACCGAUACCCUGGGCUCCAGUGGUGCGUAGCUGUUUACUCCAUCUGCUUCAUCAUCACCACGCUCAUCAUCAUCCUUACCAUCGGACGCCUCUUGCCACGUUUACCCCUCAGCUUUGAGAAGGUACUGAUUGGCUAUAAUAUCCUCUCCGUGGCGAUGUACAUCACGGUGGCGGUUAUCUGGCCGUACUAUUGGUUUAAGGAUUACCCAAGCAGACCCUCCGUCUGUGAAGCAGUGUGCUUUUGGGAUAACGUGCUCGGCAUCACCUUCCUGACGUACAUUAACCUCAUCGCCUAUGUCGUGGACUUGGUAUAUUCUGCAAAAAUGGUCUUCUUCGUGACCUCUUCGUAACCUUGGAAUAACCGACUCCCAAAAACUGAAACCAUAUUGGACAUUUUUGUUUUUGUAACGGACCCCGUUCAGCACCAGGACCCCUUUUUUAUGCGUAACCCCC